AGCAGCAGCAGCAGCAGCAGAUUUCUGCUUCUUCCUCUUCUUCCUGUUAGUCAAAUCACAUCUACACGGCCACCCAGACCACUACUGCGACUACUGUGUCAUCCAAGAUGCUGGCCCUCAUCAACAGGCUUCUGGACUGGUUCAGGUCCCUCUUUUGGAAAGAGGAGAUGGAGCUUACACUGGUGGGACUUCAGUACUCCGGAAAAACUACAUUCGUCAAUGUGAUUGCAUCAGGGCAGUUCAGUGAAGAUAUGAUUCCCACAGUCGGUUUCAACAUGCGGAAGGUGACUAAAGGCAAUGUGACAAUAAAGAUAUGGGACAUAGGUGGACAGCCCCGCUUCAGAAGCAUGUGGGAGCGCUACUGUAGGGGAGUCAAUGCCAUUGUUUACAUGGUGGAUGCAGCGGACCGAGAGAAGAUAGAAGCCUCCAGAAACGAACUGCACAACCUUUUAGACAAACCACAACUACAAGGCAUUCCAGUUCUAGUCCUUGGCAAUAAACGAGACCUGCCCAACGCACUUGAUGAGAAGCAGCUCAUUGAAAAAAUGAACCUAUCAGCCAUUCAGGACCGAGAGAUCUGCUGCUACUCUGUCUCCUGCAAAGAGAAAGACAAUAUAGAUAUCACACUGCAGUGGCUCAUCCAGCAUUCGAAGUCGCGGAGAAGCUGAAGCAGAAGCCGCGCCCUCCGCACCCCCUCCCUCCCCUCCCAGUCGCAGCUCUGGCCUCAACCCCCGUUAACGGUCAUGGGUCCUCGACAGUCGUCCCUUCCACUGCCUCCGUGAAGUAAUCCAGCUCUGUCUGCUCACUACCGUCACCACCUGCACCGCCCAGUACACUACCAUAGAUGUGUAGCCCCUGUACAGCACUACCGCCACCCCCCGAAACCAUCCGGAGUCUCGAAAAAAAAAAGAAAAAAAAAGUCGUCUCGCUGCCGUGCUAGAAGGCGGAUCGUCCAUACCCUCCAUGCCUUACCGCUCGCCAUUACAGACACGCUCCGUGUACGUCGUGAAGGUUUUAGCUUCUAGGUUUCCUGAUGAUAUUGCAGUGUACUGUUUCCCCCAGACACACUAGGAUGGAGCUCCUCUAAUCCCACAAUCAAACAUCUGUUCUGUUGCCUUUUCGACAUCUUGGUGUUUACGUGACAUGAUGUGAUUGUAGUUUUUAACAGUUAUUUGCCAAACGGCCAUGGUUGCUUGUGCUAAUUAAUGCCUUGAAUCUCUGAUAAACUCUUAGCAAUGUAGCCUGCAGUGUAUUUGCCGGCGUAUGGGCAGUGUCUGUUUUAUGAAGUGACUCGAAUCACAUGUUUACACAUAACAUAAAGAUCAAUAGAAGGUGAGGCUUCGAGCGGGUGUUGUGUCUGAGGCAAACGACAACAAAAACUAAGCAAAGUUUCAAGUGCCUUUGGCUAAGAGAGCGUCCCAAUCACACGGUUAUUGCCCAAUGCAAUUCCUAACCCACUAUUAAAAAUAAAAAAAACUCGGCGCAGACCAGACACAGCACAAAUCCCUUGAUUACGCCUCGCACCGCCUCUCGACAAUCUCAUUUUAUGUUUCGUGAUCGCAUAAACUCGUUAUGAUUUCUGAGAAAAGGCAGUAUUUUGCUAAAGAUGAAGGAUGAGGAAUAAAGUAAUGGACGGUGGGCGAAUGAGUAAAUGUUACACUUUGUUUGGUUGCUGGGCAAUUGAAUACUGUUUCACUUGCCGCCUGCGACUCUCUUGUAGCUUUGAAACGUGAGCUAACUUUUGCUUGCAGCUCUCAGGUUGUUGAAGUUUUUUCUUUUCUUUUUUUUUUUUUUAAAAAAGAUAAUGGUGUGAUCGCAGCGUGGGCGUGCCCGUGUGUCUGUCCCAUAAUCCAUUUCCUUUGUUCAGGCUGGAUAACAGAAAGCCAGUGUUAGUCAUGAUGACUGAGCAUACAGAGGACAGUCCGAUAGUUAAGUGAUCGUGGUUCUUGAUGCCAUCCAUGCUUUGCCACACCCGCGUCUGAAUCCUGAUGUCUCUUUGUAAAAAGCCUUAGCAGUCCAAGGACUAUGCUGUCUCCUCUAAAAAAAACAAAAACAAACAAAAAACGGCGUAUUGAUUUGACGGGCCAUUUCCUUUCAGCGGCAAGACAUCUCACAGCUUCGACCACUGUAUAUUCGUCUGCUCUGCCAGUUAUUGCCAAACAAAAUUUUCUUUUCUUUCGGUUAAGUGAGUGUUUCCCCCCGACUGGGGUGGAUAUCUCUUAUGCUCUGGAGAGCGCACGCAGGCCUACAUAGCUUCUAUAAUAUUAGAUCCAUCUCACCCUCCCACAUUGUUGACCCGCGUCUGAAGGUGAUCGUUGUCGCAUCGAUUGUUGGGACCACAGCAGCAGUGAGGGGCUGUAUGUUUGGGUGACUGUGUGGCUACUUUUGGGGAAAGCUUUGUUACCUGUGUAAUAAUAUUGGCCUAUUUGCAAUUUGUAUGUGCAUGUGCUCAACUUAUUCACAUCCAAUUGCAGACUUUGUAAAUAAGAAGACGAAGUUAGCAUUUUUAUUCCAACAAAUGCUCCUGUAGAUGUCAUGCGUUCUCUCCCUGUGAUUGCUAAUAAAUUUGUUUUUAUUUUUAA